UUUAACAAGCGAACGGGGUGGAAAGAGGAAAGAGCAAUAACGCGACGCCAGUUAAAAAAAUUGCUGUACACUAUAUCGGGAUAAACACAAAUCGAAUUUAGGGCGCUGAUCGCAGUGAUCUCUACACAAAAUCCCCCAAAAAAUGCCCCGGGCAACGAAAAAGGCGAAGGAGAAGGAGACGGCGGAGCCAGUAGCGCCCAAAAAGCGUCAGGCGCCUUCCAAGAAAUCCAAGAAAACUGCAGCCACCGCGGAGAAGGAAAAUGAGGUGUCAGGCCAGGAUCACACCCAGGCCGCCAUAGAUGGAUCCCAGCAGGCCGUGUAUGCGUUGAUGCGACAUGCUGAACACAAGGAGUCCAUGCACCAGAAGUACGUGAAGGAGAUGCAGCAUCUGUACACAAGGAUGGGACACGAGGCCUUCCUAGCCACCUUCAUCGGGGUUCUAAAAGCGGUCCUAGAGGCGGAGGAAAACAACGAGAAUGGCAACCGUGCUCUCAACUUUUGCGCCGCCUUUGUUUCCAGCUUCGCUUCGGAGCUCACACAUCCUAUGCUGCCGGAAACCUUCCACUGGCUUCUCACUACCUAUUCCGGCAAUCCGUACAUUCGUUAUCGCAUGUGCUACUUUGUGAAUCUCAUACUGAAGGUAUUGGGCCCAAAUGCGGCUCUGGACGACACACAGUGCGACGAAAUCCUUGACGUGAUGUUGGAACGUGUUAAGGACGUUUCGCCAAGCGUGCGAAAGCAAGCCGUGCUGGCCAUGCAGCGUCUCCAAAUUCCGGAUAACCCCAGCGAUCCUGUGGUGUGUGCCUAUGUAUAUCAUCUGUCCUCCGAUCCAUCGCCUAGUGUGCGCCAGUGCAUCAUAACGUGUAUGGGAAGGAACUACAUUACCGUGCCUCACAUCCUGCAGCGUCUGUGGGAUGUGGACGAGAAGGUGCGUCGUCACACGUACCUCAAUAUGUGUAACUAUCCGGUCCGCUCCUACAAAGUGGCUCAGCGGCUCACCUUGCUGGAGCAGGGCCUUAACGAGAGCUCGGCCAACGUACGAAAAACGGUGAUUAACUUUAUGCUCAAGGCCUGGAUCGAGUCGUACCAACAGAACUUCAUCCAACUGACGGCGGCCCUAAAGCUGGACUCCAACGAGGAAGAACUGCUUCGCUUCCGUCGCGUUGCCAAGCAGAUGCUGCGCGUAAUCUUCGAGCAGACGGACAUUGACCAGCUAGUGGCGCUGCUUCCCCUGAGCGACGACUGCGAGCUGCAUCGUUGCAUCCCCCACGAAUCUCUCAAUGUGGAGCUGCUUCUCUACUGGCAGUGUCUUAGCGACUAUCUGGAAACCGUGCCGCAGGAAACGGACCCAGUUCUGCCGGAACUGAGUGUUUUCUGUACUUACGUUGAAAAAUUCUGCCAGUUUCAAAAACCUGACAUGGACAAGUUUGCCCAAGUGGAGUUCCAAAAUAUGCUGCUCUCUUUGGUGGAGAUCUUGCAGUCCUACGACCUGGGCGAUGAAAUAGGUCGUGAGAAUCUGCGAAAGCUGAUCCACACUCUGCUAAAAGACUGUCUGCUAGACCACAAAAUUGUCGCAGUUUUGGUCCGGUGUAUGGAACAGCUGGAGACCGACAUGAACGACAGGAUGCAGUUCUUCAUUGAGAUCAUCUACGAUCUGUGCGAACUGAAUACCAAGCAAAAUGAGCUUGUACACGACCGAAAUCUGAUCAAUAAGUUGCUGGACGACUUGGACACGCCGCUCAAGAUGAGGAUAACUGCUUUGAAGGUUAGAAUCCUGGAGCUGGAGGAACAGGAGGACACGUUCGUGCGUCAAAAGGAGUACAUCCGAGCCCAGGCGGUAACCGAGGAGAAGGCAAUCGCCACCGAGGACUACACGGAGUUGAUACGUCCCCUGCUUGAGCGGCAUGGCGGCCUAGAAAUGCCAGCCCGUCCCAAGCUCUCCAAACAGGAUCGCGUUCUCAAGGGAUUGUACGUUUCGUACUACAUGGUGGCCUCUCCGCAUGUCACCACGCUCACUCCGAGCAUCUGUCAGCUGUACAAAGACUUCAUCUGCCGCUACUUGCACUCCACCGAAGUGGACAUCUUCGAGUGGGCCAUCAAGUGCGGAACCAGCUACAGCAUGUUCUACGAGGCCUACGCCAAGGAGGUGUUUGAGGUUGUGGUGGAGCAGUUCUGCAACAACAAUGUGGUGCGUCUGUGCGAGACGGCAGCCAACUGCAUGCUGGAGAUGUUGGACCACCAUGGCCUGGAAUACUUCAGCGAGUUCAACCAGGGUAACGGCGGAGGCAAUACCAGCCACCUAUCCAAGUCCAAGCGGCGCCAGUUGUACAACAUCGACCUCUACGAUGAUGACGACGAUGGAAGCACAUCCCAAACCAACGAACAGACCACCGACAUUAUUGUCGUCAUGUGCCACUACAUGGAAAGGGUGCAGAACAAAGGCGUGGGUGUGGCCAUAGCGAGGGGCCUCUGCCGGCUGGUGCUCCGCGGGCACCUGGACGACCGUCCGGAAGUGCUGGAGCUGCUUCUGAAGCGCUACUUCAACCCGAACACGGAGCCCAUCAUCAGCCAGGUGCUGGGCAUGUUUUUCGAGCAGCUGGUGGCCCGCAAGCAACAGCAACUCCUCCAGCCCUGCCUGCUGAACACCCUGUGGCUGAUCAUGAACUGCAGUUUCGACUCGCCCCUAAACGGCGUCCAGCCGGAUCAUGUAACCAAGUUCUUCAUCGACCUGACCCUGCAGGAAUCGAGCACCCCACAGACGAAUAUCCACAACAAAAUCGCACUGAGUUUCCUCCACUACAUCCACAACUACUUUACGGAGCGCAAGGAGAUGUGCCGUCUGUUGGCCAAAGAACUGACCAAUCUGAAGGUGAACGUCUUCAACGGGCCGGACAUUAAGAGUGAAAUGCUCGACAUGGCAGACAAGCUGAUCGCAAACGAAUUGGAACCGCGCAUGACAAAGAAUUUCGAGGACUUCAAGCUUAUGGUGAAUGGUAGCUUUAAUCCGCCCGCCCGCAAGAACCCGGAGGACGGCGACAGUGAUGACGACUGUGACACGGCCACAGUUACCACUCUACAAUCUGAAACUGUGGUUCCGGCCCCGGCUACAGCUACAGCUCCUGACACAACGACGCAAGAGAGCGAGGAAACAGCCCAGGUAGCCGCGCCUGCAGCCCCAGCAGCUGCCGAGACCCCAACGCCCGCCGCAGAGCCCAUCAUUACCACCUUUGGGCGAGACAACAUUGUAGGACUUCGAUACUUGCGACGCUCCUUGGCGGCCAGCCAGUCGGAGGUCGAGGGAAUUUUGGGAGAGCAGGCAUCGGAAGCUGAAAAAGAGCCAGAAGCAGAAGCCCAAAAGGAGAAGACUCCCGAAGCGCAGGCGGUGCAGACAUCCAAGAGGAAUCUCCGCAGGCCGCAAAUGCAGCGUCGGCUGGAAAGGGCCAUGGCCAGGUCAUCGAAAACCCCCGAAAAGACUCUGGAGCCGCAGGAUUCAGAAGCAGAAACCAUUCCCGAGAGUCCUGUAAGGGCAGAAAAGUCGAACGAUUCUGAGGUCAUUGACGCUUCUCCAGUCGCUGCCUCUCCGAAUGCAACCAGCGCUCCCAAUGCCAGCCACGUGCGACUGCGAACGCUGCGAAAUCGGAAAGCCCCGGGAGCAUCCACAUCCCAGACCACCACAACCGCAACCGCCGCCAGCAAACGGAAAGUUUUGGCCCUGGAGACGCCCAUGCGGAAUGGCCGGAAAAGAAUACUCCGGCGAACGAGUAGCGAUCACCACUCCCGAUCCUUCCAGACAACUGGCUCGCCAGCCUCCUCCUCUCCUCGCAACUCUCCGCUGCGCAAGCAACAGCGCCUGGACGAACGGAGCUCUCGUCGGGAGCGAUUGGUCCAGAACACGAACAGUCCAACGGAGAGUACUUCCUCGGUGAAGGAGAACCGGAUGCCGCCCAAGGCAGCCGAAACGGAGUCAGAGUCGGAAAAGGAAUCGGAAGCCGAGGAACCUGUGCCUAAGCCCAAAUCCACCAAAUCCAAGCAGCCCGUCAACAAGACCCUAAGCUCUGUGAGAACUAUGCCCAGCAGCAGCACUCCCAAGGCCUCCCCGAAGGUGACCACCCGGAAUGCGGCGCGAGCCCAACGAAUCAACUCAAUGUGCAUGACCCGCAAGCGGAUGUCGCUCGAGAUGAAUCUCAGUGGCGGUCAGCUGCAGGUGUCCACACCCAAGCGGGUCACCCGGGCCGUCGUCGCCUCAACAUCCCUGUCCGGGUCGGCGGAUAGAACGCGGGGUCGUCGGAAAGCUGUCUAAUCUCUACUCAAUGUUCUGGUUCAAUCUGUACAAUAUUUAUGUAAUUUAGCGUUGUAGGUACUAA